UCCUGUCUGUGUGUGAGUGAGGGAAAUACUCCUUUAACCAGAACAUGAAUGGGACACAAUGGAGAACAGAAGAGGGCUCGCUCGCCGCGGUCACGAGAGCAUUGGGAGAGUGACGUCACUUUCCUAAACCGGGCAACAGCCGUUGAGUUGAGAGUUGAGUCCCGAGCGCGAGACAGGCAGGAGAGUCCGUGAACAACUUUUAAUGUAUGCGGACCAAGACGGACCCGGGCCAGUGUGUGUGUGUGCGUGUGUGUGUGUGUGUGUAGGGACGCAGUGUUUUCUCUCUCCCUCUCUCUCUUUCUCCUUUUAUGCAUCCUCCUGCUCGACUUAGCUUAACAACGGCUCCUUGUUUUCUCUACCGGCUCGGUAGCUAAUCUGUUUUUGGCACAGAAAGCGGUUGUGUGUCAGUUUCUUUUAUGUGUCCAACCCUCCUCUGCUGCUGAACACAGGACCGGCCUUGACUGAGUGAUUGAGUGAGUGACUGCAUGGACCGGACUGAACAUGAAGAGCCUUAAAGCCAAGUUUAGAAAGACUGAUGUCAACGAGUGGAACAAAAAUGACGAGCGCCUGCUCGCUGCGGUGGAGCACGGCGAGGUGGAGAAGGUGGCAUCACUUCUUGCCAAGAAAGGUGCCAGUGCUGUGAAGCUCGACGGCGAGGGCAAAUCAGCUCUUCAUGUGGCAGCUGCUCGCGGUCAGACCGACUGUCUAUCUGUCAUCCUGGCCCAUGGAGCUGACCUGUCAAUCACUGAUGCCGCAGGUUACAAUCCGUUACACCUGGCUGCCAAAAACAAUCAUGUCGAGUGCUGCAAAAAGCUCAUUCAGAGUAAAUGUCCUAUUGAUGCCGCAGACAGCUCAGGAAAAGCCGCUCUGCAUCACGCAGCUGCCAGCGGGAACAUCCAGACCGUCCAACUGCUGUGUGAACUCAAAAGUCCCAUCAACCUGAAAGAUGCAGACGGGCUCACUCCCUUGCUGUUGUCAGCCAAACACGCUCAUGCUGAAGUAUGCAGCACUUUGCUAGACUGCGGUGCGGAAAUCAAUACUUCUGACAACAGUGGCAGGACGGCCUUGAUGCUUGCCAGCGAGUCCAAUGCCGUUUCUGUUGUUGAAGUCUUGGUUCAGCGAGGAGCAGAUCUGUCGGCUAUAGAUUCACAAGGCCGUGACGUCCUACAUUAUAGCAAGCUGUCAGGCAACUCUGAGGUCAAAACCGCCCUCGCUGCUGCCCUGAACAGACAACAGAUCUCAGAUGCAAAGUCUCCUAGAAGUCCUCAGCAUGAUCAAGUAGCUAAGCUAAGUGAUGAACGGAUCACAACUCCCAAAAAGCGAAAAGCACCUCCACCUCCUAUUAGCCCACUGCAGAGCGCUGGACCCUCUUCUCCUUCAGCCGUUACCUCCACUGGCACUCCUGCAUCCAACAAAAGUGACACUCCCAAAACAUUCAGCUACAAGGAGGAUGAGGUUAGAGGAACAGCACUGAAAGAGGAGGUUGAAAAGCUCCAUGAAGAGAGAAACAUGUUGCUGGAGACAAUCGAAGACCUGAAGCAGACGGUGGAGCAGACGGGGACUUUUCCUGAACCGGAUACGAAGGCCGAGCACAGUUUUACAGCGUCUGCAGCUCUGGUUUCUGCUCUGCAAGCGAAGAUUACUGCUCUUACUUUGGAGAACCAGCAACUUGCAGGCAAACUCAAGAAAUAUCCAUCCGUCCAAGGAAGCGAGGACCUGAAGGAGACUAGCCGUCCAAACAGCAUGGCCUCCAACGCCUCCUUCCACUCCACCCAGGAUGAGUUUGAGUCACUGCCGCAAGUGCCCUCCACCACCCAAGUGGAAAGGGAAGGUGGUGUUUCGGUCAGACGGGAGGAAGAAGAGAGUGAAGGGAGCAAAGAGGAGAUCAGACUGUUGAGACAGGCGCUGGAGAACGUUCAAAUCAAACUGCUAGAGACCAGGAAGGAAAACCGCUCGCUUCAUGCACAGCUGAAACCUGAGCGAGGCAGAGAAAGAGAGGAGUAUGAGAGCGUGAGGGAGAAAGGAAGAGAGGAAGAGUUGAUGGAGAGUCUAGCAGAGCUUCAGGCGAAGCUGACAGACACUCAGGAGAGAUACCACCAAGCUGUGGAGGAGGUGGACGAGCUGAGAGAGCAGAUGGGAAGGGGAGGAGUCGAGCUGAUGGAGAAACAAGAGGUCCUGAGACGUACGUCAUCCACACUUGAACAUGAAGUAAAACAGCUGAAAGCUCAGCUCGUCCAAUCAGGAUCUGAGCAAGAGAAAGCAGCUCAACGGAUCAGACAGCUGGAGGAGGCGCUGAGGAGGGUGGAGGAGGAAAGACGGAGUGUAAUGGAGAAAGAACAGAGGACUGCAAAGAUUGAGGAGCUGUACAAGGAGGCACAGGAGGAGAUUAGGAUGUUACAGGAGGCUCUGAGGGGCACAGUACCAGUUGAAGCUGCUGCUAAAGACUUUGAGGAAAUGAAGGCAGAGCUAAACGAGGUUAUCGCUGGGCUGCAGCGCCGCUUGCUGGAACUGUCGCACUCCUACAGCGAGACUAAAAGUCAGUUAAGUGCUGCACAGAAACAGCUGGCUGAAGCCCAAGCUGAGAGCACUGCGGCCUCAUCUCCCUCCUCUGAACAUCAGCAACAAGUCCAGGUGCUAAACAGCAAGGUGGAGGAGCUGCAGACGUUGCUAGCUGAGACAGAGAAGAAGCACACCGUCUCUUUAGAGGAGAUUUUGCUGCUGAAGCAUGAGGCAGAAGUUCAGGCGCAGAGCUCAGUGUCACUCGCCGACCACACGCAGGUGAUGUCAUCUCUGGGAAAUGCCAUCAAAGAGUUGGAAAGCCAAUCAGAAGCCCUAAAAGAGCAGCUACACCAGAAAACCAUGCAGGUGGAGGCUCUUCAGAGCAGGCUGACAGCAGAGAAAGAUGUCACCCCAGACGACUCAGUCUCCCGUGCGGAGCACGAGACCACGCGAGAGCAGCUAGAGGGCGAGGUGAAUCACCUGACGCAGCUCCUCCAGGGGGCCCUCAGGAAGCAGGACGAGAUGGCUCUGGAGGCUGCUGAUGCAUGGCAGAAGGCACGGGAGAAUCGUGCGGAACGGGAGGCCCUGCAGGAGUUGGUGAUGUCGAGGGAGAAGGAGAACCAGACGCUGACCUCCAGGCUGGCCGAGUCACAGGAUGCUGUGAGUCAGCUCAAACAGCUGGUGGAGAAUCACGUGGCCUCAGAGAGAGAGAAGAACAAGAGGAUAGAUGACCUGUCACGGGAGGUGGGGAAACUGAAGGAUGCCUUAAACAGCCUAUCACAGCUCUCCUACACCUCUGGUUCUCCCUCCAAGCGACUGCAGCAGAACCAGCAGCUGGAAACUCUGCAGCAACAAAUCAAACAGCUACAGUACCAGCUAUCUGAGUCGAAGAAGCAGCACAAUGAGAUAGUGUCAGUCUACAGGAUGCAUCUCCUCUAUGCUGUCCAGGGUCAGAUGGACGAGGAUGUGCAGAAAGCCUUGAAGCAGAUCCUGAUGAUGUGCAAGAUGCCAAGCCAAGCCAAGGAGACCUGCUGAGAGACUCACUGGGCCCGGUUUCCCAAAAGCACAUUGUGAACUCACAAAACAUGUCCGCCAGUCUGAAUUCACACGUGGCUUUUGCUGUUCACAAGCAAAGAACCAACACGCGGUGCCUCUGGAUAAACUUUGAGUAUUUGUUAACGAGGAAUAGGUUUACAAUCAUACGUUCAUUGCCUUUUUUGCUAACGUCAUUUUGUUAUGAUGGAAGUUGUUUUUGGGAAACCCCCAGCCCAGCCAAGAGAUGCUGUACAUCAGCCAACUGACCAUUCAAAUGAACGGGCGGUUAUCUUCUGUGAACCAGCCAAACUUCUAAUCUCAGUAUGUGCAUGUUAACACUGUCAACGUGCAGUAACCUUUAAAUCACAUGCAGUUGGACCAGUGUGAUGAUACAAACAUGCAUGUGUGUGCACACUAAUCAGUCCAAUGAAAACAAGUGACUUUUCAGUGUGGUCUGUUUCUGUUACAAUGUGCGCAUAGAGAAAUAAAAGCCUCAGUUAGCGCUGCUGUUAAUAGUAUCUAUUUUAUGAUACAACAGUGUUUUUACUUGUUCAAUGUUUCAUGGUUGUCAACAUCUAAAUUAUUUGUGCCCUCUUUAACGAUGCAUGUGACUUUUCUCAACGCCAGCACAAAAAUCUCAUAGAAAUGUUUUUCUUUCUUUUGGCCCGCACUUCAUUUAAGAAAAUGCAUGCUACUGUUUGUAUUGCUAUUUUCCUAUUAGCACAAAAAUUUAUAAAAAAAAAUGUAUUUUACUGAAUUGUAUUAUCAUGUUUUCUAAGUUACUGUACGUAAAUGAAGAUUUUUGAUGGCCUGUGUGUUUUGUGUGAAUGAGAUGCCUUUUCCUCGAGUAUAACAACACACUAUUUGGUCUAGCAACACUCAAAUGUGUUUAUUUUCCUGUUAUUAUUCAUAUUUUACACAUAUGGGAUUCAUAAUUGUUCACUGUAAUUAAAAAACAAAAAAACUGUUCAAUUCAGUUGUAACAAAAGCCCAACAGUAUGGACUCAGAGGAUGGUUAGGUUAGGUAAGAUAUUUUUAGUUCUUACAUUUCCUCUCCUCUUGUCUACUUUUACACGUUGGUCUUUUGUCCUUACUUGAAAAGCAUGCAUGUGUUGGCUGAAAGUAAAUGGUUGCAGCUAGAGUUCUGUCUGUAAUCAGUAUUUUUCUGGCUCUGCAGUGUAUUCUAACUGAGAAUUACCACCAAUAUCACAACUUAACAAUUGUCAUAGAUGCCAAUAUCACCAGGCUUUCCUUGUACCAUCUUAUUAAUUUAUUUCAACUGCCAUGUUGAAUGUUUUUUUUAUUUUUUAUUUCCUGUAUUUGAUUCAGCCAUCUCUUUCAGUGUUUUCUUUGUAGGUACGGAUAUACACUGUACAGUGUUUUGAGGAUACAUUUCACAUACAUUUCUUUGACUUCUAGAGACUUCUGAACUGUUUUCACAUCACACUCCUUUGCCUUAGUACUGUACGUAUAGCCAUACGCCCUCAGUUAUCACCUUUUCCUUUGAACGGUGUUCAAGAUUAUUAAGAAGACACCUAACACUACCGCUGUUUAACUGUAGUCAGAUUCAACAUGUUUUAUAUGUGACUGAAGCUUCUUGUUUCUCACUCAGGAACUUUUUUUUACUGAACAUGAUUUGUUCGACCCUGAGUAGAGAUCUUGCUUUAUUUCAUAGGAUGGAGAAUAUCAUAAACAAUCUCUCUCUCUCUCUCUCUCUCUCUUUUUUUCCUCUGAAGGCCUUGACUGAAAUGUUUUGUAACAAGAAAGGGAAAAGAAAGAAACGACUCUCCUCUUGGUUGUUUCUUUUUUGUAGUGACAGUUUUGUAGUGACAUGAAAAGAAAAUGCUUGUUUGCCAACUGCUUCCACAUUAAUAAAUUUUCAAGAUACGGAACCAUCAUA